AUGGACACAAAGAAGAGAAAGCUCCAAGGGCAGCCGUUGGGCAGCAACACUCGCCCACGUGUGUAUCCUCAGCAGGGAUUCCCUCAGCGCAAUCAAGGACCACCGAAUCAGUGGAACCGUGAUCAGUUCCCACAGCGUCCUCAGUAUCACCAGCAGUACAGCCACCAGAACCAACAACGUCCCCAGCAGCAGUAUGGAAAUAAGAGUCAGCAGCGCCCCCAACAACAGGCCAGCAACCAAGCACCACGUCAAGGAGUGCCCAACAAUGCUCCUGGCAAGAGUGCAGCACCCAGUGGCAACCCUAAUGCCUGCUACCGCUGCGGAGAGGUGGGACACUAUGCAUACCAGUGCCCCAAGAAGCAGAAUCCACCAGCCCAGCAAAACCAGAACAGCAAUCAGAGGCUUGCUCGACCUCCGUUCUCUGGAAGAGUGAACCAUGUGUCCACUAACACACAGCACAGGAAGCUCCUAAAGUUAUGA